AUGUCAGUGCACAAUAAUUCUAACCGCGUGCAGCCGGCACACCCGAAGAAGCAGUUGUUUUCGGUGCCCGUGAGCAAGUUCACGGCCAAGUCGUCGUCUCCGGGCCCUCACCUCGCGCGGCUGCGGAGCUGCCUCGAUGCUUACCAGAGCCAGACGCCCGCCAGACAGGUCAAGAUCGGACCCAAAGCUGUCUCGAUGGAAGACCUCACGCCUACUAAGAGGAUUCGUAGAGAGAGGAAAGGCAACGAGCUGACAGAAGAGAGGUCCGAGGAGCCGUACACGGGGGCGGAGCAGGCGGCCGCGGCCCGGGUGUGCCGCGUCAUGAUGCUGGCGUGCUGGCGCCGGCGCCGCGCGGAGAUGCGUUGUCUGCGGAAGACGCUCGAGUUCCAAGUGAGCUGCUCGGAGCGCCUGCGCAUGCAAGUCUCUGCGCUGAAGUCGCUGCUGGACUCUGACAACGCCAAGGUGCGGCUGGCCAUGCGCGAGCUGGAGAGACUGAAACAGCUUCUCAGAGACAAGGAUAUGGAGAAGGCGGUGCUCGAACGGGAAAAAUACGCUCUUGAAAAUGAUAUCUGCGCCGCGGAAGAUCGAGCCUCAGAAAUGAGUAUUGGUUGGCGCAACUGCCGCAACGAACUGGAAGGAGUCCGUGCUUCGGCGGCCGUGACGGAGCAUGCGCUGUCCCUGGAGCGCGCCGCCGCGGCCGAGGCACGCCUGCAGAGGGACCAUGCCUUUACCAGGUUGGCGAUAGUGGAGGAAGACCUGAGCACUCACGAGGAGCUGCUGGCUGGCGCCGAGGAGGAGAUCGCGGAGUUGAAGCGAGACAACAACGAGAAGCAACGCAUGUUGGAGCAAGCCGUUGAGAAGCUGCGGCAGGAGCAAGAAGCCCGUGAGAGUAGCUCCAGACAGUGCGCGGAGCUAUCGAAGCGCGUGGACGCGGCGGACGCGGAGACCAGCGCGCUGUCAGACGUGGUGCGGCGCCUGCAGGCCGAGAUCGCGCGCCUCGACGCCGAGCUGCGAGCCACGCGCACGCAGCUCGACUGGUGGCCGCGCCCGCUCACCAAGAUGCUGGGCGCGGCGCGGUCGUUCUUCCGUUACCCGGUGACCCUUCCUGAAGCCGUGCUGUGGUCCAUGGUGCCAGCUAGACACGGCUGCUAGCCUUACACUGUUGACAAUUGCUGUAUUGGGUAUGUGUUGCACAUAGCUAUUGAUAAUUUUUCGGAUUCUAUUCUCGUUCUUCUCAUGUUGGUUGUAAAGACGAUGACGGAUAUCAUCGAAUUUGAUGUCAGAGUUAGCCUAAGGCCUCUGAUAUGGGGCAUGGAUUUACUAUUUAAAGAAUCAGAUUGCAUUAGUUGUGUUUUUACUAAAGUAGCUAUUAUGCGCACUGCUAGAAUGUGAAAUCCUCUGCCGUCUUCUGUAUUUCCGAAUGCAUAUAACCAGUGUGCUUUCAAACCAGAGUGAACAGGCACCUUCUGGGUGAGCUCGCUCCAUCUUAGGCCUCGUCAAUGCCUUUGGGCAAGUCUGGGGCCAAGAGCAAAGUCAUCAAAGGUACAAAAAAGUUAUUUCAGUGGGAAAUCGAAUUUAUCAAACCAAAGGGCUCUAUGGCGACUUCAUCCGGGAUGCUCAGGUUGGUCAUCCACUUCACAACCCACACGAUAGAAGAUGUUGUUUCAGAAAAAUUGUCGAUAUUUAUGUCCGACACUAAGGGCCAUACCUCACUAAGACACAACUACAUCUUAUCACAAGAUACAUCAACAUCUAAUUGGUGGCGCCACCACAUUCGCGCCACCAACAAGCACAAACACCAGGCGAGGUAGCGUUUAUACAACUGCAUACAUUUUGUUGGUGGCGCAACCACCGUCGCGCAUGGUGUCCUAGUAAGAUAGAGGUCUAAAGCAGGUAGGUUACACUGAAUUUGUAAUAUCGUUGAUUCAAGCAAAGUAAUUAGGUGAGUAUAUUUUGAGAUUAUAUUAGUCUAUACACGUAUUUGUUAGGUAUUUUGUCACUUAUAGGCAAGUUUUGUUUCUAAGUUGUUAACUAAUUGUAACGGUUAUUGUAAUAAAGGAGAGUUGUAUGUUCAA